AUGUACGAUUACUGUCAGCUGAGAGAGCUUCGAGGACAAUAUGAAGGCAAUUUCAGAUCUUUGUGGCUUUACUCUCAGCUGGAUGGACGAAUUGUAAUGUAUGGAGAGUUCCGGCUAUUUUUGAUUAUUGCGGUGUACUGUGACUGUGUCUGCAAAUCGCGACCUGAAAUGUACGAUUACUGUCAGCUGAGAGAGCUCCGAGGACAAUAUGAAGGCAAUUUCAGAUCUUUGUGGCUUUACUCUCAGCUGGAUGGACGAAUUGUAAUGUAUGGAGAGUUCCGGCUGUUUUUGACUUCCCCCUUCCCUACCUUCUCAAGCCCUGCGAAGCGAUUCUCAUACCCUGCGAAGUGCGAACUCGAAAAUCGACACUGCAUCGUUCUUGAAGCUACGUUCUCUUACGCCUGGGCUAGCAAUGUGUUGCUUGAUAAAGAAAUGAAUGCAAUAUUAGGCGAUUUUGGGCUAGCCAGAAUGCAUGACCAUGGACAGGAAGCUGCCGCUUCCCCAAAUCCGAACUCACUCCUCGGCAGAUGGUUAUGCCCAACUCCGGUGACAGCCAAAACCGGUCUUCACCAACUCCGGAAUGCUGAGAAUGGGAACCAGUUUUUUGAAUUGGAGUUUGUGGACUUGAUAAUAUGA